AUGACAUCGACAGUAUUCCGACGAUUUCUUUUCAGCAUCUUCCUUAUGAGCUUAUUUACGGCUACAAUCAAACGCUAUUCGUUAUCAACAAUCACUAUACCCAUCUCGAGACCAGCAAGAGCCAUGCAUAUCCAAUCAAUACCGAUGUGGGUGGGUUCGGGCAAUAACUACGCCUAUCUAGUCUCGGAUGACAAAACGAAACAAGCCGUAAUCAUAGACCCUGCCAACCCACCAGAAGUGACACCAGUCCUUGAACAGCAGACUACAAGUGGUGGUCUCAAAUUGACAAAGAUCGUCAACACUCAUCACCAUAAUGAUCAUGCUGGAGGGAACAAGGUUAUCUCUGCAAAGUUCAAUGUUCCCGUCAUGGGCGGUAAAGACUGCGCCUUAGUAGCUGAGACGCCCGGACACAAUACAAAGUUCAACAUCGGAUCGAUACAGGUAACUGCAUUGCACACGCCUUGUCACACUCAGGACAGCAUUUGCUACUUCUUCGAAGACGGCGAGGACCACGCCGUGUUCACUGGAGACACGCUGUUCAUCGGCGGCUGCGGCCGUUUCUUCGAAGGCACUCCCGAGGAGAUGCAGAAGGCGCUGAAUGAGACAUUAGCCGCUCUUCCAGACGACACAAAAGUUUACCCGGGCCACGAGUAUACCAAGGGCAAUGUCAAGUUCGCAAAGAAGGUGCUUAACAACGACGCAAUCAAGAGACUUGACGAAUACUCGCAAGCGAACGAGGAGACGCAGGGAAAAUUCACUAUUGGUGAUGAAAAGCAACACAACGUAUUCAUGCGCGUCACUGAUCCAGAGCUUCAGAAAAUCACGGGCAAAACCAAUCCCGUUGACGUUAUGGGGGCGCUACGAUCCAUGAAAGAUCAGUCCUAG